AUGGGUACUUUGGUAGGACAUGUUGCACCAGGACUUGGUUUCUUUCUGUUAGGUCUAUGGCAUCUUUUUAACCAAAUUAAAAUCCACUCUCGCCGUCCAAAUACCUACAAUUCUACUCCAUGGUUUCCUACCUCCAAAAUAAGGUACAUAGAGCUCUACUUUAUUAUGACAGGGAGCUCCAUUUCUGUAGCCAUGGAGCUCUUCGUUGCCCCAAAAAAGCACCAACCAUUAGACACAGAUGGAACCAUACCAUCAAGCCAUCUCCACAACUUUGAACAUUCACUAAUCUCGAUGACCUUCUUUGUCUAUGCAACUUUUGCUAUCAUUCUUGACAAGAUUAGUCCAAAAACAGCUAAGCAUGGCCUAACACAACUUAUUGCAGUUAUCGCGUUUGCGCAAGAAAUUCUUCUCUUCCAUCUCCAUUCAACUGAUCACAUGGGUCUUGAAGGCCAGUACCAUUGGCUUCUUCAGCUUGUAAUCUUUGUUUCACUAUCCACAACUAUUUUGGGAAUUGGUCUUCCAAAGAGUUUCUUGGUUGGCUUUGUUAGGUCGUUUAGUAUUUUGUUCCAAGGAGUAUGGUUUAUAGUCCUGGGUUUUACGCUUUAUACCCCAGCAUUUAUUCCUAAAGGUUGCUACCUAUACCACAAAGAUGGUCGUAUAUUGGUAGCAUGCCAUACUCAGGAGGCACUUCACAGGGCUAAAUCCUUGGUCAACAUUCAAUUCAGCAGCUACUUGAUACUUAGUACGAUUCUUUGUAUGUCGUUUUAUUUGAUUUUGAUCAGGAUUUAUCGCAAAAGGGUCAUUCACGACGUUCAUUAUCCGUUGUUAACAAAGGGAGAAGAAGAGGAAGAGGAAGAAGAAGACUUGGAUGAUGAUGUUGAAUUCCAGAAACCAAGCACGCUUGGCCACUCUAAGAAUUUUAUUUUUAUGUCAAGGUAAUGAAUAUCAGGAUCUUAGGAGUUGUGGGUGUGGUUUGUACUGGGUGUUAUUAAGCUGACUGUACUACUGUUGACCUGGCCUGAUGACAACUAUGUGAAUUGUGUGUGUUAUGAAGUUGUGUGGCUUUACAUUUGUGAUUUGACUGCUUUUAAGCUUUUAGCAUGUGUGUGUUUGUAUUUUCCAAAAGUUUGUGGAAAAGCCGGAAUAAGUAUUUGCAAGUCAAAUGUCACAAGCAAAUUUCACAGCAUAAAUUUCUCAGAAGCAAAUUAUCGAACACUUGGAUGGCUCUACAAUAAUACCCUUAAUGGUUCCCGCCUUCAUACCGUUACGAAUACGGCCACAUU